AUGAGACUGGACUCAGAGAAUCUAAUACCGGAGGGGGAUGAGCAAGUGAAAAUUACUGAAGUUGCAGAUGUCGACGUGGAGGAUACCAGUGAUCAAAUAGGACCCACUGUCACACAGAUCUUCCACCAUCCGUACUCAGUGUCGCUGCUCAAGAAUAACUCCUACGUUUGUAGUGCUAUCAUACUCAAUACGUACUGGCUUCUCACUUCGUCGAAAUGCUUUGAUUCGAACGUUAUUUCUUCGUACGUAACAUACAAAAACCUGGCCAAUUUCACUGUGAGGGUCGGAAGCUCUUACAAUAAUAAAGGAGGAUCUCUUUAUAAGAUACAAAUGCUGAUCAAUAAUUUUGACAUGAAAGUGUCUUGUGCAAAGUUAGAAACUGCUUUAGUUUUCGGGUCUAGAAUCAACUCAAUACGGCUGCCAAAUCCUGACGAAGACGUUACAUUAGGUUAUUUAGCGUCAAUCAUUGCCUGGACUCCAACUGGUCAUAUACGCUCCGUGAAUGCUCCAGUUAUAGAGUCGAGCCUGUGUGAAUCCUUUACCAAAAUGCUUCCUGGUAACUAUAUCUGCAUCGGAGGAAUACAGGACCCUGAUAGACACUUUUGUAGGAGAGACAACGGUGGAGCGAUCGUACAGAACAGUACUCUUGUAGGAAUAAGCUCAUUUCUUCGCUCCUGUGCGCUAUAUACCAAAACUCACGCGUUCCCAAAGAUUUCCAGCUUCUCUAGAUGGAUAGACUCAGUCAUUUGGGAUGAGGAUAACCGACCUACUUCACCUAGCAGCACAACAAACACACAAGCAAUAUUGAACAACACAGAAACUAUCACUCAGAGCACGUUCUUUGCUGACCCCAGAAAAUUCAUGUUGACUCUACCUUUUGACCCAGUUAAUGUACCUUUAGAACCAGCGGAAGAUAACUCAGUUAUACCCAGAAUGAGUCUUUACGAAUCCUACUUGCAGAAUUUAGCAAAAUCCAAAACAUCGACAACAACAAAUCCAGAGCAGAUUGAAAAAGCCAAGAGAGAGUGGCUGAAGCAUUUCAGUGGAGCAGUUAUGAGGAUGCCACAGCAAAUAUUUGCUAAUAAAUAUGGCACUCUAGAUUAUAAAUAA